AUGCGCCAAUGCUUGACAAAUCCUGACGGAGGCUACUACACUACGAGUCGCCCAUCAGCCGAAGACGCAGACCAGUUCGGCGCAGCCGGCGACUUUAUCACCUCCCCCGAGAUAUCGCAAGUCUUUGGUGAGCUUGUGGGGAUAUGGUUCAUGACGGAAUGGAUGGCCCAAGGGCGUCCAACCCAAGGGGUUCAGUUCAUUGAGAUGGGCCCUGGACGAGGAACACUCAUGAGUGACAUUCUCCGGACGAUCGGACAGUUCAAGACUUUUGCGAGGGCUAUAUCGGCGGUGUGGAUGGUUGAAGCAGGAGAGGGGUUGCGGAGGAAACAAAAAGAUUUACUAUGUGGAGAAGAUGCUGACAUGAAGGAAGUUGCGGAUGAGACGGGCAAGAAUGUCUGGUGGGAAGCAACAAGCACUCAAGGGAUCCCCGUGAGAUGGGUCGAGGAUAUUGCGCUGCUGCCAGCCCAAGCUCACGGUGCAGGCGAUGAGAUGCCCUUCAUCAUCGCACAUGAGUUCUUCGAUGCUCUCCCCAUCCACGCGUUUGAGUCUGUUGCUCCCCAACCCGAAGAGGCACAGGAGCAAGAUACCGGGGCCCAGCUUCUCACCGAAAGUGGUCAACCACCGAUUGCGAAGCCGUCUAUGGCCAGCAAACUCCCACAGUGGCGGGAACUACUCGUUGCGCCCACUACGCCGAAACUCACAACGUUACUCUCCGCCGAACCCGAGAAGUCGUCAAGUGACAGAGAUCCUGAGCCGGACUUCCAGCUCACCCUGGCAAAGGCGAGCACUCCUUCAUCGCUCGUCAUACCCGAACGACCUCGCUAUCGACCCCUCAAAGCUCAAGUAUCGUCGCGCGUCGAGGUAUCACCGGAGAGUUCUCGAUACAUCCAAGACUUUGCGCGCCGGAUUGGCGGAAAUGUGGUGCCUCCGGCCAAACUUGCUAGGGGACAGCCCAAGCAGGGCCUGGCCGAUGUACCGCAACGAAAACCCGCAGGGGCGGCACUGAUAAUCGACUACGGGCCCCUGGACACGGUCCCAGUCAACUCGCUGCGCGCGAUCCGCAAACACAAGAUCAUCUCCCCUUUUGUCUAUGCCGGCGAUGCGGAUAUCAGUGCGGACGUGGACUUUGGGGCUCUUGCAGACGCGGCUCUGGAAGCCAGUCCGGGCGUAGAGGUCCACGGACCGGUCGAGCAGGGGACUUGGUUGAUGCAGUUAGGGAUCAAAGAGAGGGCGGAGAGACUCGUGAAGGAGCUGGACAAGAAAGCCGGCACAACAGGGGCGGAAGAGGCGGUGGAGAAACGGAGGAGAGAGGCUGAAAUGGGCUGGAGGAGACUGGUCGAAGGCGGACCCAAGGGCAUGGGCAAGGCGUACAAGGUCAUGACGAUCCUGCCGGAGAACGGCGGGAGAAGAAGGCCAGUUGGCUUUGGGGGGAGUGUGGUUCCCGGAUGA